UACAUACAUAUAUAGCGGCUGUUACCUUGUCACAAUACUGUCUUGCAGGCCUACAGAUGAACAUUUGUACGGAGUUGGCAAAAAAGAUCAUGAGGAGUGAAGACGCACGCAAGGAACACAGCCAACACACAGCAGACAAUGGCAUUAUCAGUGAUGAGUGGAAUGAGAUCACUAGGGAGGAACACGAGAAAAAGAUGAUAUACGGAGUGAGAGAUGACCCUCCUGUAUAUACAUGUGCUGUUUACGGACUGCAGCAAGCACUGAUGUGUGUGCUGGGGACCAUGUCUGUGCCGUUCAUCGUCUCCAACGCCAUCUGUGCGCAAGAGCUUCCGGAAGUGCGUGCGCAGCUUAUGAGCAUUACGUUUUUCAUGUGCGGCGUGGCUACGUUGCUGCAGACGACCGUGGGAGUCAGGCUGCCCAUCAUCCAGGGAGGGUCGCACUCCUUCUUACCUCCCAUCAUCGUCAUGAUGCAGCUCGACAGGUGGCGUUGUCCUGCAAAAGACGAAGUUGGUCCUGACGACGAAGAACCUUGGCUGGCCCGGACACGAGAGAUCCAAGGCGGCCUGAUUCUAGCCUCCCUGACCCAGGUGCUGUUAGGCUGUUCUGGUCUGGUGGGCGUUGCCAUGCGUUUCGUUGGUCCGUUGACCGUUGCCCCAACUCUUGCUCUCAUUGGCCUGGGCUUCUACUCAGCUGCUGUCAACCAUUAUGCAGAAAAGCAGUGGGGAAUAGCUGCAUUCACGGCAGGCGUGUUGUUGGUGUGCUCACUAUGGAUGCACAAAGUGUUGUUGCCGGUACCGUCCUGCUCCAGACAGCGCGGGUGUCAUGUUAUCCGCUUCCCCUUCUUCACCCUCAUGUCGGUGCUCCUAGCCGUGGGGCUGGGAUGGUUGCUGUGCUUUGUGCUGACUGCUGCCGACCUCCUGCCCACCAACGCUACGUCACCAGCGUACUUCGCCCGGACAGACAUCAACCUACAUGUUGUGGACAGCACCUCCUGGUUCACCUUCCCUUAUCCAUUUCAGUUUGGUCUGCCCACCUUCAGCUUGGCGGGCUUUGUUGCCCUGGUGGUGCCGACUUUCUCCUCCAUCGUGGAGUCGGUGGGCGACUACUACGCCUGCGCCCGCGUGUCGGAGACACCACCACCGCCACCCCACGCCGUCAACCGCGGCAUCGCCAUAGAGGGUGUGAGCAGCAUCCUGUCCGGCAUGAUGGGAGCCAGCCAUGGUACCACCUCCUACAGCGGCAACAUUGCUGCCAUCAGCAUCACCAGGGUGGCCAGUCGGAGGGUGUUUCAGAGCGCUGCGGUCAUCCUGGUGCUGAUGGGGGUGGUGACCAAGUUUGGUGCCGUGAUGUCGCUCAUCCCUGACCCUGUUCUGGGUGGUCUCAAUGCAAUGCUGCUAGGCACGCUUGUCGGUGUCGCCAUAGCAACCCUAAGGUUCGUGGACCUGACGUCUCAGCGGAACCUGACGGUCAUGGGUCUGGCGCUCCUGCUGGGCCUGUCCGUGCCGGAGUGGGUCAACGGGUCCCCGGGUAGAAUCAACACAGGUAGUCCGGAGGCUGAUCACGCGCUAAGCGUGCUGCUGGCUACUCCCUUGUUUGUUGGAGGUAUGGUUGGCUUCAUUCUGGACAACAUUGUCCCAGGUACUCUCAAGGAAAGGGGCAUCACUGCAUGGCAACACACGACUUCUCCCCUCGGAGCCGAGGUCCACAACCACAGAGACAGCCCCAGCAACCGACGCAGCUCAUUGGUGGAAAGUAUUUACGACAUUCCCUUGGUAACUCGGGUUUUAAAGCGAUUUUCAGUCUUCAGAUACAUUCCUGUCUCACCGACAUUCCAGGGGGUCAGGGUGGCUGUACCCUGCAGAAAGACGCCAAAGGGAGACAACUCUAAGACCUCAGCAUCCCACGACAACUUGGCUUUUCGUGGUGAUGCGACUUCAUUUUAACUCGUUUUUGUUGGGCUUUACCUAGAUACUGUAAUAAGUACAAAUAAAAUUAAGUAAAGGAA